GCCGCUAAUACAAUUUUAUCAUUCUUUUUGUUUUGAGAGAAUAGUUGUUUCGAGCCGUAGCUUUCGAGUGUCGAGAGUGGAACAUUAAGUGCAAAUUUGUAUAAUAAUAAAUACUGAGAUUUAUAGUGAACAAAUAGUUGACAGUUCUUGUGUUUUCCUUUCCCAAACUUCCCUCACGGAUUAAAAUUUGACGUCGGUGAGACCAGGGAGACGAGGCCAGGAAAGCCAACUGGAGGAAUAAUUUGAGUCGAUUCGUCGUGGAUCGAACGAGGAGCCGAGUAGAGAGGAGGAGUAUCGAGAGAAAGAAGAAGAAAAGAGCCAUGCCGUACACCCCACCGGGAAGCCGACGAGCCAGAGAAAGAGGUGGUCGUCAGUUCGAGGAACUAGGGCGUGAGAGAGCCAGGAUGGAGAGACGUGGACGUCCACAGUCAAGGCAUCAACCGUUCCCAGAAUUCGACACAGGGGAUGUGGUGAGAGAACGCCCAUCAUACUUGUCGUUCCCCAUAAUAGAACGGGUGACAGAAGAGCCGUUGAGAGCCCAAACAACUUCACCUGAAGAGGAGCCGAAAGCUAGAGGCAAUGGAGAAGAAGAAGGGGCCGUUGGAGGGAAAUUCGAGCCGGUUACCGACCCGAAUGAUUGGGCCGAACUAAGUGGCCUAGAGAACUUAGUGAAACCAAGAGCCGUGAAAGGAGGUAGGCCCGAUGGUGCAGAGGUAGUGGUGCCCUAUCGCUGGCCCGCAGACAGGAAAGUAGGAGAAAGCAUGGAGGAAUACGAGAGCCGCCUUGCCGAAUUUGAACUGGAACGGUUCGUACAGAACCUGGAGCCACUAACAUCAGUGGCCCUAGAGGAAAUUCGAGCCAAGCAACGUAGAGAAAGAGAAAGACGCAAACAACAUGUAAUUAGGAAAGAGGACAUGGAGAGCCAGGAACCGGCGAAACGAGCCCAAAGAUCGCACUCACCACAUCCAGGUCCACCAGUACGACGAGUAGGAGGGACUGGCGCCAGACCGAAGGAAUACCCAGGAACGAGCGAGAGAAGAAGUGACCCCGAAGAGAAGCACGCCUGGAGGACUAGGAAAACUGGUGUGAUUUUUGGGGGACUCAAAGAGAUCCCAACGUCCGAGGAACUGGACCCACCACCAUACAGUUGCUUCAACUGUUGGCAACGGGGACACCGAGCAGUGGAUUGUCCAAAACCGGUAACAUGCAAAUUCUGCAGUAAUUGCGGGCGCCGGCACACCGCCGUCAAGAAUUGCCCAAGAUGUGCAGAGGCGUACCUUCGUCACGCAGGUAUCGUGUGGUAUAGGGAGAACGAUAUGGAGGAUCACGUUCCAGUGUUGGAGACCAGGGAAGCGGAAGUAAGAAAUGAGACGUAUAGCGAAAUCUCAUCAGAGUCAGAUUACCACGAUGGAGCCGAAGGAGAGAUAGAGGCAGAAGAACCAACCAACGAAAUGGAAAUUCCCGAGCCAGAACCAAUUGUAGACCAGGUAGUCAGUGGUGCCUAACCAAGCGCCGAAGUGGAGGAAGAAGAGGAGGACUUGGUGGAGAAAAUCCUCCAACUAACGAAAGCGUUGGCAGGACUCCCAGCGUCAACAAUUGACUUGGCAGUCCGACAGUUGUUGGAUGAGAGGAGACAGAAGAAAGAAUUAACGAAAGAAUAGAAGAGCCAGAGAGAGUAGAAGAGCCAGAAAGAGUAGCAGAGCCAGAGAAAGCAAUAGAGCCAGAGAGAGGGAUAGCCAGACAAAGUAAGAGAGCCAGAUAAAGCGGAAGAGCCAAAAAAAAAGUAGGAGAGACAUCAGCAGUACCAUGAUCAUCAUAAUAAUGACGGUCCUAUAUAAAAUAGUACCGGUCAUGGGGAGGGGUUUGUGACGAUGUAAAUUUUCACUUGGUAAAUUCCUGUCGAAAAUUCUGAAUCGUCGCGCCAUCCGUCGGAAAAAGCCCCGAACCAACAGGCCCAGUUAUUAUGGUAAUUAGAGAAAGCCAGUACCGCCGGCUGACCUACUAGAAGUAACGAAAGUGGGUCGCGUGGCUGGUUACCGGAGAAAGUGAUAGAUGGCGGGGCCAGUACUAUUUUCGGAGAACGAGAAGAAGAAGAUGAGCAAUGUGAGGAGAAAUUCGAGACGCUACAGGUGUCAAAUGUUUUCGCCGCCAUUGUGGAAAAAUUGUCUUGUCGCGCCGGUACGCAAAUGCUUCGCCGCUAAUACAAUUUUAUCAUUCUUUUUGUUUUGAGAGAAUAGUUGUUUC